AUGAACGAGACACGGCAUGAGGAAGAUCUGCGGGAACUGGCCAAGUACCUAGGCCAGGUCGUUCCCUUCCACUUAUCGCCGGGCACCAUCGUCCUCAGCUACAUCAUCAGCCUGUGCGGAGCGAUAUCGACGCUGGAGUUGAUGAACAGGAGGACAUCACAUAAAGGUCUUUACAACAUUUUGCUUCUGAUAGGAGCGGCGAUUUCGUUGGGUGGUGUUAGUAUUUGGUGUAUGCACUACAUAGGCAACCGAGCCAUCAUCCUCCACCACGGCGAAGUCUCUCUCCAAAUCGCCUACCACGCGGGCAUCACCGCCGCCUCCUUCUUCGUGCCCAUCAUCGUUUUGUUGUCCGCCUUCUUCAUCACCGCCAACACCACCCUCAUCACCUGGUGGCGCAUCCUUCUUUCUGGCGCCCUAUCGGGCGGCGCAACAUGCGGGAUGCACUACCUCGGUUCAGCCGCUAUUCGCAACUACAAAUGCAGCUAUGACACGGGGUACGUGGUGGGCGCGACGGUGAUUGCCGUGUUUGCGAGCACGGCGGCGUUGGCGCUGUUUUUUGUGUUCAAGGCGCUGUGGACAAAUAGUUGGUGGAAGAGAUUGGGGUGCGCGGUGGUGCUGAGUGGGAGUGUGAGUGGCAUGCAUUGGUGUGCGGCGGUGGGGACGAGGUAUAGGUUGCAGAGUUUGGAGAAUGUGAGGAGUAUGGUGGCGCAUAAUGCUACGAUUAUUGUGGUGCCUUUUUUGGCGAUAUCAAGUUGUUUGGUCAUGGCAGGCGUAGCCAUCCAUUCCAGUCGAAUCCGCAAAGUCUACGCCAGCAAAGCGCAAAAGAUCACUCUCGCUGCAGCGAUCUUCGACGACCAUGGCCGAAUCCUCGUCACGCCGGACGGUAACCUCCCCAGCGAGGAGAUCACCACCACUUUCCUUCAAAAGACCCAACACGAUCUCUUCUCAACCGGCCACCCCCUCUUCCACUGGAUCUACCAAGCCUCGCGCGACUGGUACCUCAUCUCCAAAAUGGUGGACAAGAUGGACCUACACCUGGCCUCCCUUCCGCACAGUUCCACCUCGCACUCGCGCAAAGCGCGCAUGGGCAUCGAGUUCAUCGACGAAGAAGGGAAAAUCAUCGAGGACUACGACGUCAUCUUCCGGGAAAUGUUCUGCUUGGCGACUGUCGACCUCUCGGCGAAAAUGAACAUGACGCUGGACGAAGCGGGCGUUUUGUGGGAUGAGAUUCUGACGACGGGUGGGAUAUCGAGUGGGGUGCAUAGUCCGUAUGGUGCGCAUGGGGCGCAUGGGGCGGAUAGUAAGAGGAAUUCGGAUGCCAGUGCUGGUGCUGGACAUGAUAAGAAGGGAUCGGCUUCGACAGCGGCGGAGAUGCAAAAGAAGUUGGAGGAUUUGGCGGAGAAGGGAAUGAUCCAGACGGGUGAUCAGGGACAUGGUUCGCUGAUGUUCCUUGUCAAGAGGGUGCAGGGGAGUCAUGCGAUUGACAAGCUGGAGGCGUCGGGACAUAUCUUUGCCGAUCUGCACCAGGUCUGCAGGAUUAUGAACAACAGCAUGCAGAUCCGGACAGGCAAGUUGGAGGAGAAACUGAGGUCGAUGGAACGAUACACUCACAACGCCAUGCUCGAUCCGGGUGUACACGUCGGUUUGUUCGCCAUCCGAGCGAGGGUGGAUGUCCAGCACUUCGAUGUCAUGGUCCGGAAAGAAGCCCGCGGUUUGCUCCCGAGUGUCAAGCUACCCAUCGAAAGACUCGACUCCUCCGACCUCGCCUUCCUUCGACGCCACGACGGAUUGUCCAUUUCGUACUUCCUUAAACGGUUCCGACACAGCGAAGAGAUCCCCCAGCAAGACGCCAAGAUCGCCAGUAUCCUGUACGACGCCAUCAAGGACCUCCGAUCACUUGUCGACGACACUCUCUUCGAUGAGGCAACGUUGGUGGCCAAGGUCUCCCAGGUGCCGUGCAAAUCGCCCGACAAUGACUCUCGCGCCAUCGAUUGCUCCAUGCUCGCCUUCUGCAUGAUGAUUCCCAUCCACAAGAGCGUCAAGUGCCCGGAAUUCGAGUUCACUCCCCUGCCAUUCUUCAAGGUGCGGCAGUUGGCGCACAAGAACUCGCCUUACCACGCCGCUUUCGCUCGGUCCGUCCAUCGCGAGAUCUACCCGAUUCUGAACGACCUGCCGACGACAUCAACCGCCGUCGACAAGCGACGAGUUCCCGCAUGGUUAUCCUCCUGGCUUCCUUCAUCGAUUCCAGGGCCAAUCCUACCCCUCUGGCGACGACCCAACCACCAAUCCCACGACCUCCACCCCUGGCGUCACCAGCGCGAAGACAUGGAUUCUUCCUCCCUCGUCCCUUCCAGCAAGGAACACGUCCGUCAACCAUCUUCGAACCGGAGCGUCUCGACCCAUUCCCUGGACGUCUACAGCACCAUCAACUCGGACGACAAGGGAGGGACCCAAAUCCAGCUGCAGCCACAAUCGCCUCUUCAACUUUCUUCUCGCCCUCCACCAUCUCUUGGCUCAGUACAGCAACAGCAGCAACAGGGGCAACAAACUCCCGGCAGCGUGACUACACCGACUGGGGAGCUGGUGACCUGCCCCAUGCCUCUCCACCUUUACUCCCCGCGCGAGAAACCCCAGCAGCUUUCCUACGGCGGCAUCAUGAUUUCCCAAGAGGUUUCCGUGUCGGUUGAUGACUCCGCCCCGGCUGUUACUAUUUCUAGCGGUAGCCACGGGAGAUCACCGCCGCAAACGGCGCCGCAUCAUCGCCAUGGUCUUCACAACCAUACCUCUAGUCAUGGCAACCACCAACAUAGCCGGAGCGCAGGAGGAGCGUUUGAUUUGCAGAUGCUGCACGGUGGGAAGAAGAGGCGGCUCCUGAGUAGUUCGGGGGAUAAGCAUAACGACCAGAAGAACCAGCGAGCAAGGUCGAGGUCGCGGUCGGGAUCAAUGGGGGCGGGGUUGACGUUAUCGACGACGAGCCCAACCAGUCCUCGCUCUCACGGCCAUCCCAAUAGGCGCGGCUCCUGCCCAAUCGAUGACAUCGACACUCUCAACCCGCUCAACCCUCUCAGCCCACAAUCUCCCAACGACCACCAACCAUCGGAGCAGUGUGUAAUCAACCACUGCGACAAACACCACUACCCCCAUAACCACAACCACACCGUCCGUCACGGGCUCGGUCAAGGACUCGGCCAACUCGGCCACUUAUCAUCACCCCAAACCACCCUCAGCCCUCUCACCUCUCCCCAAUCCCAGGGGAAAUCACUCGGCAGCGUCCCGUCCUUCUCUCAAGCGCUAGAGCAGGGAUCUGGACCGUUCUUCGGCAGCGGCGGCGGUGCGGGGCACAACAAUUACAACGGGUACAACGGAUACAACGGGUACAACGGGGUAAGCGCCAGCGCCGUGCUUGGUCUCGGAGCGAGCAAAGUGGAGGUGAAGAAGGAGGGAGAUGUAGUGAGGACGUUUGUGGAUGAUUUGUUUAGUGUUUGUGUUAAGAACUCGGGGGCGGGGCCGGGUGGUGGUGGUGGUGGUGGUGCUGGGGGUUUUAGCAUGGUGGGGUUGGGGACGGGGGGAGGGGAGAGGGAGAGGGGGUGGAGGAGGUGA